AUGGGAACGCGAAAGCGCAGCCGCUCCGAGGCGACCACUGGCGCCGGACAGUCGCCAGCUGCCGAACCGGGGUUGCUGCAGAAGAUUCGUAGCUUCUGGGAAUUUGCCUGCCUUAUGCAAUACAUCACCAUGUUCGGAAGGGUCAUGAAGAUUGACGAAGAUUUCGAGAUCGAGGACCUGGAAGAAGAAUGCCUCAAGCCCGAACCCUCUUACAAGUUACUGGAGAUUGGCCUCUGUUUGCUGAAGUGGAUCUCUUCACACCGCGGCCUGACGACUGAAAACUUCGACGAGUACACCCGGCGGCAGUACAAUGCGAAGGCCCCUCACAUCCCUAACCCCUUUGGCUACGACGAAGAGCCCUUGAAAUUUCUACAUUUCGACGUCUUCCAGAAGCUCCGUGUCCUGCACCAACUGACAGUGUGGACAUUCUGGAACCCUGACCGCAUCCGUGAUAAAUUACCUGAGAAGAAAGAAAGCGAGCAGAUCCAAUGGCGAGUCGAAGAGUUCGGAUACGACCGCGAAGGCCGAUCCUACUAUGUCCUUGACGAUAACCGCCUGUACCGUCGAACCGACCCUGCCAUCCCCGCCGCUCCCCAGCGCCCCAAGAAGAAGCCCAAGAGCCGAGCGUCGCGUGGUUCUCGUCGUGCCUCCCGACGUGUUUCGGGCAUCGCCGCUGACGAAGCGUCUGACACCGAGAAUAAGAACGGAGAGGAGACUUCUACGGAGCUUACGUGGGAAUGCAUCGCUGUGACCCUCGACCAAUACCGCGAAUUCCUUGACACCAUUCGAAAGACCAAAGACGCUGAUGAGAAAUUCUUGCGCGAUCGCAUUGAAGAACAUGUGAUUCCAUUGUUGGAGAAGGCCGAAGAGGCACAACAGCGCAAACGACAGAAGAGAGAGAAGGAACUUCUCAACAUGCAAAUGCUGGCUGGUGCUAAGCGUUCCAGCCGUCUCGCUCAGAAGGAAGAACGCGAGCGCUCCGAAAGGGAGGCCGCGGAGGCUGCGCAGAGGCGUGAACGGGAAUUGGCGGAGGCCCGUCGUGAACAGGCGCGACAGAAGCAGCUCGAGGAAGAGCGUCAGUCUCGCAUGAUGACUCGUGAGCAGCGCAUCAAGGAUCGCGAGCAGAAGCGCAUCUUGCAUGAGGCUGAGCUGGAGCGCAUUGCCGAAGAGCAGGCGCGAGCUGAACGUGGCGAAAGCCGUGUCUCCGCUCGCAAUCUCAAGCUCGAGCGCGAGAAGUCCCAGAAGAGUCUAGAGGACUUGAGCCAGGAAGAUGACUGGGUAUUUGACUGCGCUGGCUGCGGCACCUACGGUGAAAAUGUGGAUGAUGGCAGUCACAGCGUUGCCUGCGAGAAAUGCAAUGUCUGGCAGCAUAGCAAGUGUCUCGGUAUUAGCCAAGAAGAUGCCGAGAAAGAUGACUUCCAUUUCGUUUGCAAGGACUGCAAGCAGAAGGAGGCUGAUGCGGCGCGUCCCAAGCUCCCGCCUCUCAAACUUCGCCUCAGUGUUACUCCUCCGGAUCAAAAGCGCCAGUCCAAAGAAGACCUUGCCGGCUCUCCUUCGAAGAAAAUACACCUCAAAUUCCGGGUUGGAGGAUCUCCCCAGGCUACUACACCUCCCGAUCAUAAGCGUAAGGCCGAAGACGAACUUGUUGGCUCCCCCGCGAAGAAAUCACAUGAAGCGCUGUCCAACGUGACGAAUAUGCCUCCACAAAAGGCAAAUCCCCAGCCUGCACUUCCACCCAUGAAUGCCAACGGCCACUUCUACGUUCCUCCAUCACCUGAGUACCGCCCUUCCAACCAGACUCCUUUGCCAUCUUCAAGCCCUCCCCGACCCAACCUCCCCCAAUCCCAUCCCGCCACGAUGAUUCCCCCAGUUCAAUUGCCCCCAAUGACGGGCUAUACGAUGGCUCGUCCUUCUUCGUCCCAUUCUAGCCAUGGGAUGAUCCAAAACCAACCGUCCAUGUCGCCUACUCAAGGGAACCGCGAUGUAGGCCCUCUCGCGGGCUUUCCACCACCUCAACCUUCAGCUGCUAAUGGGUCUCGCCCAUGGUCGUCAUCCUAUGAAAGCUACGCAACCCCCCGACCUCAAUCGGGGCAUGGGGUUACCCCUGCCAUGUCCAGCAACUACCCUUCUUUCUCCGCCGCCACUCCGAAUGGCAAUCACUCUUCUCCUCCGCAGAGCUCUCACGGCAUGGGCAUGUCUGGAAUCAGCCCUACGAAGCAGUCCCCUCGCCCUAUUACUUCCGGAGGCAUGGCAGGUGCUCCAGUUCUGCCUCCUAUCCGGAGACUGGAGCCUAGUCCCAAGCUCAUGGGUCGCAGCUCCCCGGACGCUCCGAUUCCUCCUCCUGUUAAGCUCAUGACGCCUGAGCAGGAGGAGCGCCGGGCCCAGGAGAAUGCUGCGUUCCCACCGGGACACGCUUAUCAGCCUCACCAUGCGCAGUUCCCGGCAUCGCCAUCCGUGAACCGAAUCCCCCCCUUUGGGCCUGGGGCUGCCCAGCAGCAACCACAUCCACUCUCUUCUCCGCAGCGUGGAGGCAGCGCCUUUCAAGAAUACCCCUGA